AUGUUGGGCCCCGUCAGCCUCCUGGGGUUCGGCGCCGGGCCUCGGGUUCAGCACCGGAGUAUCUGCCCACAGGGCAUCUUGGAGGCUCACUUCUGGAAAUCCACGGCUGCGAGGUUCAGUGGACCCGUCCUGCUAAGACAUUUCGCACGUUUCACACUUUGGGGAGGCCGUUCUGACAAGAAGGACAUGACAGAGGCAUACAGCCCAGAACUGCUCAUAGAUUUUGACCAGACGAAACAAAACAGCAAGCACGUAGGCUUCAGGCUUUGCUGCUGGGGUACAUUGCCACCCCCGACGCCCAAGGGCCCACAACUUGUCCGGCCCAGGGAGAGCCAGGCUCCUUCUUCCUGGCUAAGAAAGCCCGCCUCACGUUGCUGUGGUUGUGCCAGACGCGCUGUCCUCCUCGGCCAUCGUACGAAAACACGGCCGGAAACAGCACCCUACUGCGGUGCACGAAUGGUCCCGGUUCUCAGCUCAUGA